AUGGAAUUAAAAACUGGUUUAUCAUUUACGGCACUUUCAGUAUUGUUUAAUAUUCAUCGAACUUCAGCACAUAGGAUCUUUGUAAAACAUAUACAAGAAUUGAAUAUUUUACUGAAAAAAUUUAUUUUUUGGCCUUCAAAAUCAAGUAUACAAGCAUCUCUACCAGAAUCAUUCAAACGACACUACCCAGAAACUCGUGUCAUAAUUGAUUGCACGGAAGUUAAUACCGAAAUACCACCAGAAGUAAAUCAAAGGGUAUUAAUGUAUUCAGAAUAUAAGCAUCAUCAUACAGUGAAAUUUAUGAUGGGUUGUACGCCAAGUGGAUUAAUCAGUUUUAUUUCUAACUGUUAUGGUGGUCGUGCUGGUGAUUGCUUUAUAACGAAUGAUUUUGGUUUAGUCGAUUUAAUUGAGCCUGGUGAUGUAGUUCUUGCUAAUAAAGGCUUUCCACAGAUAAAAACUCAAGUAGAAAAUAAAAAUGCUGUUUUUGUGAUGCCUCCUUUUGGUCACAAAGAUCAAUUUACCCCGGAAGAAGUAGACGAAACAUACAAUAUCGCUUCUGUAAGGAUACAUAUUGAACGUGUUAAUCAAUGA